AUGGCAGAUUGGGCAGAACUUCCCAAUGAUCUGAUUUCUCACAUUGCAAAUCGUGUUAAAGUUAUUGAAGAUUUCAUUGUUUUUCGUUCUGUUUGUACCUCUUGGCGAAUUGCCGCUAUUAAAGACGAUUUCGAUGUGUUUUCUCCCCAAAUUCCAUUACUUAUGCUUGGUGCAAAACAUGAAGAUGAUUUUCGCGAAUUAUACUCUCUUUCCAAAAAUAAAGUUUCACGUUUAUUUCUCCCCGAAGCUAGGAAUGCAGAGUGUUUUCCCACACAGGGAUGGCUAUGCACUGUCGCAAAUACUAGUCGUGACGGAGAGAUGAAUUUGUUGCAUCCUUUUUCCCGUACCCAAAUUCAACUUCCCUCACUCAAAAUCUUACUCGCUUUUCAUGAUUUUGACCAUAGACCCACAGUGCAAUACGUCAUAAAAGCUGUUUUAUCUGCUAAUCCUUCUAUUACAUCAGAUUAUGUCCUUAUGUUAUGGUACAAUGCUCAUGAUGGUGGUGGUGGUUUGGCUUUUUGGCGUCCUGGAUACCUCAAUUGGACUCAUAUUAAAGCCCCGAGGUUAACUAGUGUGGCAUCUAUGAUUUACCAUAAGGGCAAAUAUUAUUAUAUAUGUUAUGGUGGCCGAUUCUAUAAUUUAUGUUCUAACUUUAAGCCACAUUUACUUGUUACAUUAGAUGAUUUAUUUUAUCAACAUCCAGUUCAAUUCUAUCUGGUUGAAGUAUCUGGUGCAUUAUUACUUGUAACUCGAUUUUAUAAUAUUGAUGAAGAUGAAGUUGAUUUUGCCAGAUCGGUUGAGACAUAUAAAUUUGAAGUUUGUGAACUAGAUGUCACCAAAGGCGAAUUGAAGGAGAUUAAAAACUUGGGGGAUUCAACAAUCUUUGUGGGGCGUAACGAAGCAAGUUGUAUUGACUCUUUUAAAUUUACAGGAGUAAAGCCAAAUCAUAUAUAUUUUACCGAUGAUUGGUUUGAUUUUGAUAGAGAGCAGGAAGGGGGAGUUGGAAGAGACAUGGGGGCUUACAAUUUGGAAGACGGUAAAAUUGAAUCAAUAUAUCCUGAAUUGUCAAUAAGUCUUAUUUGCCCCCCAACUUGGAUAUCACCAUCAUUCAUAAUGUGA